GGUCGCGCACGGGCGAGCACCUCGCGCCUGGCGACCGAGCGGCUGCAGUCCUCGAUGACGACGACGACGUCGCAGCCGACUCACGUCACGGAGCGGACCGCCCAGCUGGUGAUUGGCACGAGGGCGAGACCUGGCCGUCGUCGGCCACGUCGGGCCCGAGGAAGGGCCAGCCGCCAAUCAUCGAGAUCGAGAUGGGCGGGCUGGCGACAUUCAAGGUGCUCGGUCAGGCAGCGCAGGACGACGGGGCGGUUCCCGACCCCAUGCACGGCGAGACCCCGCCUCUUUGGGAGGUCGCCUACAUGGGUGCGGAGAAGCCCGCCCAGCGGAGGGAGCUCGCCGUGGCGUUCGACGAUCCGGCGAGGACUCCAGCGCUGCACUUCUGCUCGGCGUCGAUUCACGCCGACGAGCGCCGCGCGGGCGAAAACCUGGUCGACGCCCAGGUGCUGCACGUGGGCCGCUGGCGCUGCGCAGCGCUGCCGUUCCGCGGCCACGCAGGCGAGGAGCUCACGCGGGACAAGGAGGGCCAGGCCGUCGCGGACGCCAGGCGCGCGCAGGGCAGGCCAGCGAAGCUCAGCUCGCCCCCUGGGCCACCACCUGGUCAUCGGGGAGAGCGCGGGGCGGGCGCCGACGGCUCCAAGUCGGGCGCCCGCCGCGAGGGGCCUGGAGGUGGCGCGUCGGCUCACGCCCGCGAUCGAGGGCUGAGGGGGCGACUGGGCGAGCUGCGCGAGCGCGCUGCACAGCGCGGCCGCCCCGCAGGCAGGAGCGGGAGGCUGCAGUCCGCGCCGGCGAGGAUCCGCCCCAACAGCCCCGAGGACGAUGGAGGCCAGCAGCGAGCCCUGGUCGAGGCAGAGCGCGCUGAGAGGAGCCGCUCGCCCCGCCGGGAGAGGACCCGCGACAGAGCGCCCAGCGCACCUGCCGAGGGCCGCGCCAGCCUCAGCAGCAAGAUCCUGGACAAGACCAAGUCGAGAGGCACCAGCUCUCAGCGCGGCAGCUCUGCAGGCGGAGGCGGAAGCUCUCGCGGCUCGCCUCCACGCAAGGCGAAGCGCGAGAAGAAGAAGCGCCGCGAGGAGUCUGACGGAAGUGCGUCGAGCGAGGGGUCGUCGUCGAAGCGUUUUCACGACGCCCGCUUCUCCGCGCGCGACAAGGCCAAGCGCUUUGUGGAGAGGAAGCCGGGCGUUAUCGCGGAGCGCGCCUUGACGAAGAUGCGCAGCUACCUCGUCAGCAAGGGGCACGCGGUCGCGGACGACACGGCGCCGCGCAUGCUAAACUACUUCACCAGCGUGUACCUGCCGAGCUGCCAGGGCAAGCUUCACGCUCGCAACGAGCUCGAGAUGCGCACGCUGGCGACAGCGGUCGACGCGGUUCUCGAAGCCGAUCUGGGGACUGCCACGGACGUGCUGAUCCAGCAGCACAAGGCCAUCGAGCAGCUCCACGCCGACGGGGGCACGUGGAAAGCGGCUCGGCAUGCCUCGGUGGUCGGCGACGGUCGCGUCAGCAUCACGGACGACCGCGAGCGCGAAGCCUUCCUCAGGGACGAGAAGAGGGACAUGCACUACCGCAAGCUAGAGGGCCAGGCGAAGCGAGAGGCGGCGGAGACGGACCAAGCUCGGGCGCCAGGCUGCUCUACGCCAGCCGCCCAGCGCGGUGGCCAGGCGUGCCCUGAGCUCGAGGCCCUUCGAGGGCUGAUCGACCCAGCCGAGCUGUCGGGCAUGGGUCUGCCAGCCAUCGGCCCCCUCUUCGCCCGCCGCCUCCCCCUCAGGGCGUCACCAGGGGUCGGUUGCAGCGCGGCAGCCACACACGGCCGCGGCUCCAUGCCGAUGGCUGUCGGGAGAGAAAGCGGGUGGAGCGAGGAGUACAGGCAGGCUGCAGCCUACAAGCAGCUCGAGCGUGAGGGAGACGACAUGGGCCGCCACCGAGCCCACCCUGUCCCGGACGGGCUGGAAGUCUGGCUCGAGCUGGUCACGCGAGCGCUCAACGCCAUGUGGUUGGCGCGUCGCUCUUGCUGGCCAGGCGCCGCAUCCAGCGGAGUCAAGAUGAAGAGCGCGAAGCCGAGUGGCCACCAGGUCCACAUGUUUUGGAACUUGGAGAGGACGGUCGAGUCUUUCCUGGCAGCAGGCCCGAAGCUGCCAGAGCAGACCGCCGCCACCUUCCGGACGUCCAGGCAGGUCACCUACACCGGGGAGGUCGUCAGGAAGGCAGAGGACCUCUCAUGGUCCCGAGUGCUGCCGAGCUCGCCGCCGCUUGCGCGCUGUGCAUCGCUGGACGUCAUGUCCCUGUGCGACACCAGGAUGCAGGAGUGGUUCAGUCGCCCCGAGCUCACGUUGGCGCCGCUGGAGCUUAUCAUGAACUUGACGGCGACCAACUCCCUCACGGUCGACUUCGAGGGGGACAUUGCGGCGCCCCCCUGCUUCGCACAGUGGCGCUCGCUCAUCAUCGGCCCAGGUGAGGAGCUCACGUGGUCCUUCGACGACCUCAAGGGCGCCUUCUACCUGUUCAGGCUCCCGAAGUGCUGGGCGCCGCUUUUCGCGUUCGACGUCAAGUUCACGCCUCAGGAGCUCGGGCUGCAGGGGCACUGGCCGAGCAGCGUUUACCCCGGGGCGGUCACGAUGCCCAUGGGGUACAAGAGCGCGAUGGGGCUCGUCCAGCACCUGCGCCGCCGCAUGCUGGCGCAGGGCACGCAGUCUCCCCUCGGCCUUCCGCGGGCGAGGGAGAUCCGCAAGGACCGCGGAGUGCCAGCCUUGCGAGUUGGUGGUGGCACGCGCGAUGUCUGGCAGGUGCACUGCGACGACGCGGACUACGCUGAGAAGGUCGAGCGGCGCGCGUGCAAGCCCCACUCCGCCGAGGGGAGUCAGGUCGAGGAGAGCGGUGACAAGGGGCGCUUCGCCCAGGCGGCUCGUGCCAAGUACCGCGCCCUUGAUGUCCCUCUCAGCGAGAAGAACGGCACCAGGGUCAGCCACUGCCAGCGCCUGGGCGCCUGUGUUGAUGGCCGUGACGGGAGAGUCGUGAUCCCCGCGGCUAGAGCAGGGCUGGCGGCGCAGCUGACGCUGCACCUUCUGUGCUCCAUGGUCUGCAGGAAGGACGUGCAGGUGGUGGCAGGGCACUGGUGCCGCCUCGACUGCUUCCGUCGGGAGUUCUCCUGCGUCUUCACGCGCGUCUGGAAGCUGAUCAACGCCUGGACGGGCCCGCCUCGGCAGCAUCUGUCUCCAGCUGUGAGCGCGGAAUUUUUCCUGGCGCUCUGCCUCCUCCCGUUGCAUCAGUUCGAUCUGAGGUGCCCAGUCUCCCCGAUGGUCACCUGCAGCGAUGCCUUGGAGACCGGUGGGGGCGCGUGCUGGAGCAACAAGCUCCGCCCGUCAGCCGUCGCCCCGUCGCUGGCCGACCUCUGCCAGGGUCGCGCAGCCGGGAGAGACGAGGUCGGACUGGUGGAGCUCUUCAGCGGCAUCGGGGGCGGCAGGAUGGCCUUCGACCGCCUGGGUAUCGAGGUCGCCGUCCACGCCGCCGCAGAGCUAUUGCCCGAAGCUCGGCGCGUCAGCCAUCAGCAGCGGCCGUCAGCGAUAGAGCUCGGAGACGUGACCAAGAUAACGCUGAAGACGAUCAAGGCCGCGAUGUCGAAGGCGCCCCACUUGCGCGUCGCGCUCGUGCUGGGGGGAUCCCCGUGCCAGGGAGUCGCUCGCAUCAACGCCUUUGGGCAGGCUUGGGCCGAGGACCGCGCGCGACUGGUGCAAGAGCUACCUCGCGUGGCAGGCCUCGUGCGAGCCGCCCUCCCCGAUGCCCAGGUAUUCACCCGGGGCGAGAACGUCAGCUCGAUGACCGCCGCCGACAGGGGAAGAUUCAGCCAGGUCAUGGGAGUCGCGCCUGUGGAGCUCUAUGCCAGCGGAUGCAGUCCGGUCAAGCGGCCGAGGCUCUACUGGGACGACUGGCCGCUCGGGCCAGAGACCUCAGAGUUCCAAUGCCAACAGAAGGACGAGGUCAUCGAGGCAGUGCUCACUGGCAGCUGGCCGAGUUGGGCAGAGCAGCUCGAGCAGGGCGCGCGCCGUCCGCGGGGAGAGAAGGGAGCGCGGGCCACCUGUGUGCGCUCCAUCCCUCGCGCGAGGCCGCCGCCUUCCCCAGCGGGGCUGGGAGUGACCGACCAGGCUGCGCGCGGGCGCUGGGCGGCGGACGAGUACCGCUACCCGCCGCACCAGCACCGCAGGGACAACCUGGUCGAGGCAUCCGCCGCGUCUGCGAGGACAGGGGAGUCGGGCGCCAAGCACAAGCUCCGACCUCUGACCAGCAGAGAGCGGGUUGUGCGCCUGGGGUUUCCCUGGAACCACUGCAGCUGGGCCGUGCCCAAGUCCGAGUCGGGGUCGAUCGACGAGGACGUCAAGUGCUCGCUGAUGGGUAACUCCUUCUCAGUCCCGGUGGUAGCCUUCCUACUUGGAAGAGGUUUGGUGGCCGCUGGAGUCUUGAGCGAGCCGCCGACUGUCGCCGAGUGCUGGGGCGCCCCAAGUGAGGAGGCAGGCCUCUACCUGGAGUUGCUGCUGGACGCGCCUGCCGCUGAGGCGACCCCCGAUCAAGCGCACCGCGCCCUUUGCGAGUCACUUGUGCGGAACGCCAUCUUCAAGGGCGGCGAUGUGCGAGCCGCGACGGGAGGCCUUUGGAAGCCUGCGGGCUGGCCAAGGAGAGGCGUCGAUGCGGACCGCUGGCCCUGGCGCACCUGCCUGAGCUUCAAGCAGGGAGGCGCGCGCAUCAACGUCUUGGAGCGGCAAGCCCUCUUGACCGCCGUGUCUUGGCGGAUGAGGAGCCGUGCGAACAUAGGCACGAGGUUUAUUCAUUUCUGUGAUUCUCUGGUGUCCAUAGCAGUGGCCUGCAAGGGUAGGUCGCAGUCCCGCCAGCCUCAGUCCAUCCUCAUGCGCUUGAACGCGCUCCUGCUAGCCACGUCCAGCCACCCAUUUUGGGUUUUCGUUCGGUCGGAGCUCAAUCCGGCCGACGCUCCGAGCAGAUGGUGGCAGCCAUAG